CUUGCCAGCUUUUUUUCUGCAUGCCCACUUCCUGUAACUGUGUGUGCCUAUGUAUAUAUAUAUAUGCUUAGGUUGCAAUAAAUAUUACAGGAUGAUACAUACAUACAUACAUAUAGAUGAAUCGAGGGUUUCUAAUUAGGGUUUCUUUUGAAAUGGUUUUGGCAGUAGUAGGUGUUGUGAUGAUCAUAAUGUUAGGCGGCGUGAUGGUGGAUGGUGGAGCUGCAGAUGCACCGUUCGAUGUUAGCUACGCUGUUUCUUGGGGAAAUGAUCAUGUUCUGUUUCUGGAUCAAGGAAGACAUGUUCAGCUGUCCAUGGACAAACGUUCCGGGGCUGGGUUUGCAUCGAAGUUGAGCUAUGGAUCAGGGUUCUUCCAUUUGAGAAUCAAGCUGCCUAACAAGGACUCUGCAGGAGUCAUCACAGCUUUUUAUCUGAGGUCGAAAUCAAAUGCUCAUCAUGACGAGCUAGACUUUGAAUUCUUGGGCAAUAAAGAAGGUAAACCCAUCACAUUACAGACAAACUUGUACGCCAAUGGCAAAGGAGACAGAGAGCAAAGGUUCCAUCUCUGGUUUGAUCCUACUGCCCAUUUCCAUACUUACAAAAUCCUGUGGAAUGAACAUCAGAUCGUAUUCUACGUUGACAACAUCCCCAUCAGAGUGUUCAAGAACACCACAAAGAUUGGGGUUAUGUACCCAACACAGGCUAUGAAGAUAGAUGUGAGCUUGUGGGACGGAGAGAGUUGGGCAACCGAUGGAGGGCAGACAAAGACCAAUUGGUCUUGCGCGCCUUUCACUGCCGACUUUCAGGGUUUCAACGUUAAUGGCUGCGCAGCUGCUGCUCAUCAAUCCUCCAAUGCCUGCUAUGCUUCCAAGUACUGGUGGAAUCGGAGCAAGUUCUGGAAGUUGGGCCAUAAACGGAAACAAAUAUAUGAACAAGCGAGGAACAAGUACAUGUAUUACGACUAUUGUGAUGAUAGGGAUAGGCAUCCUAUUGUUCCCCCGGAGUGUGCAACCAAUAGAGGAGGAUGACUGAAAAAAUAAUAUGCAGGAAAUUGCUAUUUAAUUUUGGUGGACUCGCCUCCUAAUUUUAUC